GGCGCGCUGCGGCUUCCAUUUUGUUGGGCUCCUGUGUGGAGAAGGGAGAGAAGGAGAAGAUUUCCGGGUUGUUGAUGAGGAAAAAGUUGGAAACGUCUUCGGCGCAAGAGAAGCGACCGCUGGAGUCGAGGCGUUAGAGAGGUUGGAGAGACUGGUGAGCAUCGACCUGCGAUCUUCUUCGCCGUCCGUCUCGUAAUAUUAACCGUGACCACCCCCUUCCCGGAGCUGGAGUAUGUGACCGGGGCAGCAAGGUUUAUGAAUGACCAAGAACACUGUGUGAAAUACAGCAGAGAUUGAAGCAGCAGGUAGUGGGAAAAUAUGCCGAUACCUCCGCCACCCCCACCUCCACCUGCUGCACCACCUCCACCCUCAUCCCUUAAUCAGGCAAGUACACCAAAAUUGAGCAGAGAGGAGCACCGUAAUCGAGGGGCACUCUUAUCUGAUAUCACAAAGGGAGCCAAACUUCGAAAAGUGACCAAUGUUAAUGACAGAAGUGCCCCAAAUCUUGAAGGUCUUAAAGGAGGAGGUGGUGGUGGAGGACCUGGUUCUGGGUCAGCAUCCGGUGGUCCAGGUCCAAUGGGUGGUUUAUUUCAGGGUGGAGUCCCUAAGCUUCGGCCUAUUGCGCACAGGGACAACUCAGAUUCUUCAUCUAGUAAAAUAGCACUAAAUCCACCUGGCUCAAGGUCAGCUGCUCCUCGACCUCCACCUAGUAGCAACCGCUACAGUGAUGAUUCUGAUUCACAAAGUAAAACCUCUCCACCAGAGCUGCCAAGAGUUCACCGACCUUCAUUACCAGAUCUUACCAGCUCAUCCCGCCCCAGUAGUGCUGGUGGUGUAAGGCAUAGCGCAUCAGCACCGCCACCACCUCCUCCAAUUGGAAGACGUGCAAAUCCACCUCCACCACCUGUGCAUAGCAGCCGAACUCAUUCCAGUGGACCGUACAACAGAGAAAAGCCUUUGCCUCCUACGCCAGGUCAAAAGGCACCUGGCAAUAGAGAUGGCCCUCCUGCCCCUCCUUCUGUCAAACCUCCACCAUCACCAAUUAAUCCACGGCUCAGUAAUAUUCAGACCCAACCUUUGCCACCCCCUCCUCCACCCUACAGGCAACCUCCCUUUGUGCAUAAUGGCCCUUCUAGUCCUGGGAGCGAGGCUGCCCCGGAAUUGCCGCAGAGACACAAUUCAUUAUCGCGGAAGUCAGCUGGACAAUUGCGGGGAGCUGCACCUCCUCCACCAUCUCCAUCACCCUCCCAGAACAGACCACCACCACCUGCCAGGGAUCCUCCAAAUCGAGGAGCAGCUCCCCCACCACCACCCCCUGCAAUGCGGAACGGAGCCCGAGAAGCCCCUCCCCCGCUGCCACCCUAUAGGACGCCCUCUUCAGACCCUUCACAUCGAGGCAAGCCACCACCACCUCCAAUGCGGACUCCUGCACCCCCUCCUCCACCACCACCUUUACGAAAUGGACACAGGGACCCUGUUGGAUCAUCUUCCAAAUCAUUCCUAGAUGACUUUGAAUCAAAAUACUGCUUUCACCCGAUUGAAGAUUUUCCUGCACCAGAGGAGUAUCGGCAUUUCCAAAAAACAUACCCAAGUAAGAUGAACAGAGUUGUUCGAGGGGCACCACCUCUGCCACCCGUUGCAAGGUGAUCUGUCAUCUGGGUUUUGUUGUUUCCUGCGUCCCCUGUUGGAAGACUGAUGCUUUAGCUUCCUUUCUUUUCUUGGUGUGCAGCUCAAGAUCCUUAUCUACUUCACUACAUUGAGGCAAAAUCUCCAGAUCUGCUUAGAGCAUGCAUUCUAAUCUGAGAUUUCCAAGGUUCAUUUUUGACGGUCACAUCUUUCGGCUCCAGCAGUUCUCAUUGCAAUUGGGCUGAGCUAAUGGAACAUUGACUGGAAUGAGAUGAUUAUUUAAGUUGAUGGGUUAUUAGAUGUUUACAGCUACCAGCGAUCCAAGAAUGACAUGUCUGAGUUACACUAUAAAUCAAAUUGAAACACACAGAAUAAUUUGUUUUGGUCUUUAUUCAGAGAUUAAACUGAAUCUUUAGCAUUCAUUUAAUUUUAUCCUUGGACUUCUGGUAGAGUGGUAGAGACAUGGAACACUAUUGGGUAAAUAUAGACCGGUUGGUUUAGACUAAAAUUCCCACGCAUUUAAAAAAAAAAUAAAUAAAAUUAAAAAAAAAUUACUUUGAUAUCUAUCUGGUCCUUGCCUUAUACGUGUCAUGCCGUCAGUACCAGAUUUAUUAUUAUGUAUUUACGCUUCACAUACGGGAGCUAUAGUAAUCAUUGUUAUUCUUUCCUUGUAAGUUGUACAGAAUUUGUGAAUUAGAUAUGGUGGGGUUAAUGGAAGACACUAUUUCCCGGAUGACUGGCUGAUUUUGAUUGCAUAAUUUUUCCACAGUUAAUGUUUUGCCUUCAAAGUGGAGCAGCAUUGCUCAUGAUCUAGUAUUGUGCCUGAGUGAGUCAUUACCCAGGCACAUACUGAGUAUGAAAGGUGUCCAUCUGGACCUCAGUGAUGUUCUGGUGUGUGCUAGGUACGAGCACUGAAAUGCACUGUGCAUUUUUUUUUGAGAUAUCACUUCUGGCCAAAGCACUUUGAAUUUGGUGUUUUUUUGUGUGUUUGUAAUGUGGCUCUUUCAAGCUUUUCCUGGGAACUUUGUACACUUUUCUCUUAUAGAUUUCAUGCAUAGUGCUACAUUACCAGUGAGUCUAAAUCUCUAAUGAUAGGAAAAAUAAUUUCUUCCAUAAGCAUUCUCUUCCAGUCCUGCCACCACCACCACCACCACCCACCUCUUUGCAUUACAUGGACAUGGUUAAAUUUGAAACUGUCAGAGAUACUGUGCAAUGUGUGGAACAGUUUGCAUUUUUCAAUUCAACUGUUAUUCAGAAUUGGAUUCAGAAACAGACUUAAUAUCACUGAUCUGUUGUGAAAUUUGUAGUUCAAGAUUGUAGCUUAUAUAAAAGAGGUAUAGGAUAUAUAGAACUGUACCAACUGAUUGUUGAUUUAUUUUGUUUUUAAAUAUUUUAAUCAACAUUUUUUGAGUCAGUUAAUGUUGAUAAGGCAUUAUAUUCCCACUUGACUGAGUCAUUCAGUUUGUUUUACUGAACACUGAUAAUGCAGUAAAAACAAUGCUGAAAUACCUUGUCUGCAAAUGGCUACUAGUUUAUUGUUUCCAUGGUAAAACUGUGACCCCCCCCCAAAAAAAAAAACUGCAUAAAGAGCAGUUCUGAAAAUUCUAUAGUAUUAUACAGUUGGCCCUCCUUGUCCUGGAACCAAUCCCCCGCGGAUACCAAAAAACGCGGAUGCUCAAGUCCAUUAUAUAAAAUGGCGUAGUAUUUGCAUUUAACCUAUGCACAUCCUCCUGUGUACUUUAAAUCAUCUCUAGAUUAUUUAUAAUACCUAAUACUAUGUAAGUAGUUAUACUGUAUUGUUUAGGGAAUAAUGACAAGAAAAAAUGCUCGAACGAGUGCUGGAGAGAGAACUUCCGGGUUUUCCCAAUCGGCGGUUAGUUGAAUCUGUGCAUGCAGAACCCGCGGAUAAGGAGGGCCAACUGUAUACAAUAAACAAUGUGUUUAACCUUUGUCUAACUUGUAGGUUAAACAGUAGAAUUUGAAGUUAAACCCAUUGUCAGUGUAUGCAACAAAACAUUGUUAAUUGGCAUAGCACAAGAGCCAUAUUUUACAUAUAUAAUAUAUCUUAUGAUUCAUAUAACUGUUUGAAUACACCUACCUUAAAAAGGAAGAAGAGUCUGCACUGGUACAUUGCUGUAUUCAUUUGAUCAGUGGGAAACACCUAUUUCACAGGGCUGCUGCAUACGACAGUGCUUCUUGAUCCUUCUCAUGAAUAAAACACACCCAAUCAUGUAUUACUCAGCAUCAUUCUGAUGUGCAUGCAGAAAUACUGAACGGAUGUGCAAUUAAAUAAUAAUUUGGCUGUCAUUUUAAAAAAAAAGUGUGCACAUGAAACCAGUGAAGAAUCCCUCUGUUUUGCAGUUUUAGUGACAUUUAUUAUUUGGACUGUACAUGGAUCUUGAAGCAUCUGUUUAGAUGAAUGAGAUAUUUUCAUUCCUAUGUGUAACGUUACUUAAACUUCACAAUUGUAAAAUUUCACUGGCAGGUAAUGUGAAAAUAAAGUGUAUAUAUAAUGCACUAAAUAUUGUUCCAUUGUGCAUGGGAUGGUUUGUAAGAUUUUGACUCGCUGGUUUGUACAGUAGAUGUACUCAAAUAUACUCAUGAUUAUCCUACAGUUUAAACAUUAUGGCAGGAUAGUUUCUGUACUGUACAGAUGCAUGCAAUUUAAGCUGACGCUCCAUGCCAUUUCUGUCUUGGUAUCAAUGAACACAAUGUGUUAGCAUUUGCUCUGGCUGCAAUUUCAAUAGUGUAGUUUAAAAAAAAUAAUAGUUUUUGUAUAAUAAUCACGUGAAACAUUAAUUCUGGUGACCAUUCCACAGAACAGUCUGUUCCUUGUAAUGUCUUUGUUUCUUGCUGAAAAUCUGGUAUCCAUUUUCAUCACCUAGCACACAACAGUAAAGGGAAAAGAUGAGUGGGUGCAUUGUACAGAAGGCUCAUUAACAAAUAAUGAGCAGGAUUUGUGAGUUUUAAAAUAACUUAGUUUUGUGGCAAGUAUGGGUUUUGUUAGUGGUCCCAGGUUUCAGUCUACCAGACUGGGACCUGAGAUUUGGUAAACAGUUUUGAAAUGUGCAAUAUUGGCACUGGUGCUGAUGCAUGUACACUGAUUACAGUACCAAUACAUGUAACACCGUGCCAGUACCCUGUACAUAAUAUCCCAGCUUCAUUAUUGGUACACAUAGCAUCAGUUUCUAUUAGUGUAUGUAAUAUGCCAGUCCAGUAUAGGUCUAGUAUUUGUAUGAUUUCUGUUUUUUUUUCUUUUACUCUGCAGUUGCCAUGAACAUUGUGCCUUACAGAAUGCACUGGCAUUUCUGUGUUGCUUAGUUUUGCUCUUUUACAUACGCGCACAAAAAAAGGACAGAAGGAUUUUCCCUUUCAUGAAUGUUGCCUGUUUUGAGUCCUGUGAAUAUUGCCAUGUAUCUGUAAUCUGAUGCCACCUGUGGUGGGUUUCCUUGUAAUUCCAAUAGCUUUUCCUUCAACCAUGGUGGGUACUCUGCAUUUGAAUUUUUUUAAACAAAAUUAACCUCAUUAUUAUUAAAAUUUUGUUUAGCUGGAUUAAUUUAUUGUCUUGAUUUUUUUCCUUUGUGGUAAUAUAAUAGAUUGCCAGUCCCCCUCCUAUGGUUAAUCAGUGCAGGGUAUUGAGAUAGUCUCUAACUCUGGGUCUAGGGUUUGCUGUAGUUCCCCUGCUAUGCAAUUCUUGAUUAUGGAAACAGAACUUUGUAAUCACAAUUCUUUAAAUGGUACAGCAGCCUCUUCUGUGGGAUUGAAACACAUAAAAGCAAAAAAAGAUGUGAAAUAUGAAGAUUGCAAUAACUAGAGCAUUAAAUUCCCUUGUGUAUUGCUGUAUCAUGCAGGCCAGCUGGACUUGGUUCUCUGUUAAUUAUCAAGAAAAUUGAAAUAAAAAUAAUCACUUUAAUUUUCUUAUCUGAG